UAUAAACUAAAAACAGUUUUGAAGAAACAGUUAACCCAUAAUCGUGUUUGUUUAGAAAGAAAAAAAAAAAAAAAUGCGUGGAGGAGAUGAUUCCGUCGCCGCCGUAGAUAUGGCCUCUACAAAUCCAAAGUCGCUGUCCCUCAGAAAUCAGAUAUGCUAUCUGGACCGACAUGGGCUUCUAUCACUUUCAUCGUUUCGGCUAAAAUCAAUCGGACCCACGUUGGAAUUUGGGAUUUAACCUUCUGCACCGAGAACCAUGGAAGACGGAGUGAAAUUGACCAAAUGGGGUUAUGGAAUCAGAACAUCAUCCGAUGAUUGCAUCUCCGCCAUUAAUGAAUUCUAUGACCAGGUGCUUAGUUAUGGGAGGAGGAGGUCUGUUAUUCUGGAGGCUACUGUUCAUGACAAAGAUUGUGUGCUUGCAAAUGUAUUGGCUGCUCAUUUUCUUUCAUCCUCAGAUCCUUCACGAGCUCAUUAUCAUCUCCAAGCAGCCAAGGCUGGUGUGGAUCGUGCAACCCCAUAUGAGAAAGCCGUUUUCGAUGCUAUCAGUUAUUUGAUGUCCAACGACAGAGAUGAUAAUGUUGCUGUUGAGCUGCACACCGAGCUGCUUAAAAAUUUUCCAAAGGAUCUAUCGUCUUUGAAAAGGGCUCAAGUGCUGUGCUUUUACUUGGGAAGUGAUGAUCUAUCUUUGGCUUUGGUUGAACAGGUUUUACCCCAAAAUCAAGAAGAAGGUUUCAUUUAUGGCAUGCUUGCUUUUUCUUUGUUGGAACUUGGCUGCAUGGAAGAAGCUGAAAAGGCAGCAAGAAGGGGACUUGAUAUCGACAAGAAAGAUAGUUGGGCACAGCAUGCGUUAUGCCAUGUUCUUCAGUAUAGGUGUCAUUUUAAAGAAGCGGUUGAGUUUAUGGAGGCAUGCUCGCCUUCUUGGCGUGACUGUGGAUCAUUCAUGGUGACACAUAAUUGGUGGCAUGUGGCUCUCUGUUACCUGGAAGCCAAUUCUCCCCCGAGUAAAAUCCUUGAAUUAUAUGACAACUAUAUAUGGAAGGAGUUGGAAAAACCUGAUGCUAUGGGGCCAGAAGUAUACUUGAAUGCCCUUGGUUUGAUGUUGCGGUUGUUUGUGCGUGGUGAAUUCGAUCCAUGUGAAGGUCGUCUGAAGAUCUUGGCCAAUGUUUUAACUGAUAAAGCUAAUUGGCACCUAGAGUGGCACUUUGACAUCUUGACAUCAUGGGCUUUGGCUAAGGCUGGAGAGACUUUUGCAGCAGAUGAGUUACUUGGGAGCUUGAAGUCCAGAUUGUUGAAAAUGACGUCAAAGAAACGAGAAAAGAUGCAAAGAGGAGUGCUGUUUUGUGGCCUUAUUUGUGUAUCCCAGCUUGCAGAAGCUCUCUACAAGUACGGGAGAGGAGAUUACGAACAUGCACUAGACUUGCUCGGUUUGGAUUUUGAUGCAAAUGACUACAAGAUGAUUGGUGCAUCAAACGAACAACUAGAUGUAUUUAAUGAAGUAUGGUACGAUAUUUUGAUGAACACAGGACACACAGCAAAGGCGAUCGAAGUUAUUGAGAAACAGACCAAGAGAAGGGAAGAAGUCCCAUAUUUGUGGCACCUUCUGGAGAGAGGAUACAACAAAAUUGGAAGGCCAGAGGAAGCUGCCAUUGCCGGAGACAAAGCCAGAAGCUUGGAGAAGGCACAUUUCAAGUAAUUACCUACCAUGAAGUUGCUAAGCCUUUAUGAUCUUGUAUCAUAGAUGUGUGUAUUUUUGGACAAACAUCGUAGCCCAUGUAGUUACAGAAUACAGAUUACUGCCUGUGUAAUCUGCUACAUAAGAACUUUCCUUGUCAAACCAUCAAUGGUUUUGAAGAAUAAUAAAUAGGAAAAGGAAGGGAUUGGAUAUGUAAUUUCUCUAAUGUAAUAAUUUAGUGCUGAAUUUUAGUUAGUCAUGAUAUAACAAUAUGGCGUUUUUCUUUCAAAA